AGGAAAAUCCAAGAAAAUUCUUCCACUCGUCGCAACAUAAGCUUGCUACCAACACGUUUGAUCGCAGCCCUCAUGCAUGUAUUCAUGGUGUUGAUCAGCCAGCACCCUACAUGUUAACUCCAAAGCCCUCUUCCUCAUCUCUCUCUCUCUCUCUCUCGUUUCACCUUCCAACAGAGCAAAUCUCUGUCUCUGUUUUUUUUUUUUUUUUUUUUCGCUCGAAGGUUUUUGCGGGGAUGGAUUUCUUUAACACCAUCUUGAAUUGGGUGGUGCCUCCGGCAAGCUUGGUGAUGCUAGCCUUCGCAUGGCCGACCCUGUGUUUCAUCAAUACUUGUGAGUGGCUUUACAGCUCCUUCUACUGUGAAAAUAUGGAAGAUAAAGUCGUUAUAAUCACAGGAGCUUCUUCUGGAAUAGGGGAGUUGAUCAUCUUGUAAAUACAGCAAGUUUGGGACAUGCAUUCUACUUUGAGGAAGUGACAGAUAUGUCUGUGUUUCCUCAUUUGUUGGACAUAAAUUUUUUAGGAAAUGUAUAUCCAACAUAUGUUGCUUUACCUUACCUACAUCAGAGCAAUGGUCGAAUCGUUGUUAAUGCAGCGGUGGAGACCUGGUUACCUCUGCCGAGAAUGAGUUUACAUGCAGCGGCUAAGGCUGCACUUGUAAACUUCUACGAGACACUGAGAUUCGAAGUGAAAGAUGAUGUUGGAAUAAAAAUUGCAACACAUGGUCGGAUUGGAAGUGAAAUGACUGGAGGCAAGUUCAUGCUGGAGGAUGGUGCCGAUAUGCAAUGGAAGGAAGAAAGAGAAGUACAUAUGAAUGGGGGAUACAUGGAGGAAUAUGCAAGACUGAUCGUAUCUGGGGCUUGCCGAGGAGAUGCAUAUGUAAAGUGUCCAAGCUGGUAUGAUAUAUUCUAGUUUUCAGGUUUUUUGCACCAAAUGUUCUGAAUUGGACACUCCGCCUUCUUCUUGAAACGCAUGGAGCGAGAACAACAGUACUCGUGCCUCUAUUAGAGGGCCCCUGAUCUCCUAGGAAACUUGUUGCUACUCCAACGUCUCACUAUUCCCAAUUAUUCAGUCCCCAACAGCACCAGCACCAGCCAAAAUGGAAAUA